AUGAACGAGAAUGGCCGCCGACGUUGUUGUCUGCUCUCCGGCAUCGGCUUAACCUUGUUUGGAUGUGUCAUAUGCGCCUUAUCUAUCGCGCUACCUGGCUGGCAGGUAAUUCGUGUUAGUGACAGCUGUCAUUGGCUUUGCUUUUCCAGUUUAUGAGAAGAUUGGGAUGAUAUUGUUGUUGAGGUUGCUUUUUCAGAGUCUUUAGUUGUUUUAAUGCUCGAGAAAUUUUAAAAUUCUUUAUUUUAAUACAAAACUAGAAUUGUUUCUUUAUGUAAUUAGUUACCCUUCUAUUUUUAAGAGGUGUUUUGUCUAUACUUUAUACCUAAAAUGCCGUAACUUUUACUUGUAGGUAGUAGAACUACUAGAAUUUAACUCAGUACACGAGCAUGGUAUCUUCUACGACUGUGUACGGUCAGAGACGACACCGCUGGAAAAGGUGCGAGGCAAAGACUUUACUUUCAGGACCAGUAAGAGGUGUACCUACAAGUUUGAUUCGUCUGCUUCAAGGACGAUACGAAUCGCGGUAGAAGAAGGCGAUGUAGCCGCUACCGAGAUGUUGCUACAUAGGUUUUUACGUAAGUUAUAUCUGGCUUGUAUUGUUAUUGAUUGCGGGAGUUUUUGUGUUACAGACAGUUUUUAGUGCCGUACAGUAUUUUAGAAGUAUGUUAUGAUUACAUAUCGCUAUAACUUUGUCUUUUAGCACAACAUAAAGCAGUGAUAUUCUUCUUCAUAUUUACUGUGAUAUUCGCCAUGAUGUCGAUGGUGGUUGGAGCUUGUUCUCCAUGUUUUGUACCCAAUGGUGUACUUCAUGUUGUGUCAGUUAUGACAGCAAGUAGGUCUUUAUUUGAGGGUAUAUAUUGUAGAAGUAUAACUAUGAGGCUGUGUAUAAUAUCUAUAAUUCUGUAACUAUUUACUGUUUAUCGUAUUACGUGACUAUUUUUAAUUUCCAGUGGGAUGCUCACUGCUGGCUGACUUUAUAUUCUUCAUGGCAUCCAAGAAGCCGGACAACAAAGAUGUUCAAGGUAUUGUCAACACAUAUCAGGCAAGUCAAGUGUUACUAGACGCUUUUUAUGUGUACUGCAAAGGAUUCUACUUUUAAAAUUUAUAGAUUGAUAUAGUUUUUUAAUGAUUGUAAUCAACACCCCGAUGUAAAUUCAUGUCGUAAUUUUAUGCAUGAUAUAUAUCUAAAUUUACUUCCAAUUCUUAUAACUAUGUCAUGAGAACCCUUUCAGCAACACCUUGGUUACGCUUUCUUUGUUCACGUCUUUGGGACGUUGGCGUUGUUCGCAGCUACCUUAUCAUCUACCGUAUCGGCCUAUCUGUUGAUACGACGAGAGUGGAGAGUAUAUGGUUGUUGUGACUCUAAAGACAGUCAGAAAGGUUGUGGCAGUGGCUCUUACUGUCACUACCCUUCCUUGACAUACUACGGAGCAAACGAUCUGGAAUCGAGAAUGAUGGAAGCUACUAAUUUGAAUAGUAAUGUCAGAAUGCCCAUGCCCGCUCCACCCCCACCCCCGCCCUUGUUCGCCACCAGAAUCGAGCACAGAAGGGGGAUGAACGGGUAUGAACAUAACGAGCGACUGUUCCAAGAAGAAGACGUUUAA